CUCCCCUUCCUCAUCAUCUCAUCCAGCUCACCUCUGUCGACCAGAAUGUCCUUCAAGUCCUCAAACCAUCGUCGCGUACAAGACCAAGCAGCCGCGCCUGGCGAGCGUGGCAAUCCCAGGAUUCGCCAACUUCAGGAAAUGUUUCCGUCGUGGUCGGACGACGACCUCAAGUCGGUGCUUGCGGAAGUGAACUACGACGUUGAACUCGCAGUUGUCCGCAUCAGCGAAGGUCACGCGGAACAAUGGGGUGCGGUCAGUCGUAAAAAGGACAAACGCGCAACGGCCGGCUCUCCAGCACCUUCCAGUGGAGACAGAGGAGGCUCUCGUGGGACUCGAGGAGGACGCGGGGCUUCUCGUGGAGGGCGAGGUGGCGGAGGUCGCGGUGCUGGCCGAGGCGGUCAUCGCGAGGCGAACGGGCGUCAUGCGUCUUCUCCCGCCCCGCAGUCAUCUUCGACUUGGACACAGGAGUCAUCGACGCCUGUUGCUGGGACGGACGAUGCUUCGGCCGCAAGUGAAUGGGCGACAGCGAAUGGUGCUUCCGACCAAAACGCUGUUUCGGGACAGGGCGAUGCCGGUGAUUCGACGGUGUCUGUUGCUGCUUCUUCCUCGACACUACCGAAGGCCAAAACAGAUACAACUCCUAGUGCAUGGGGAAAUGGUACUCCGGCACCAUCCACCGAGUUGAAGCCUCAAGCAUUGUCGCCUACCCCUACUCAAGCUGCCAAACUUGCGAGUAAGACACCAGCUACUUCAAAAAUGUCAUGGGCACAGGUUGCAAGAGCGCAAGAAAAGCCAAAGGCUACUCCACCUCCACCUGCCCCUGCACCCGCUUCGGUUCCUGCAGCUGUACCUGCGUCAGCUCCAGAGCCAGUCCCCGCUGCUCCUGAGCCAGAGCAGAAAGUAGAACCAGAAGCCGAUGGUUGGGAAGAGCCAACGACCGUGCAAGCUCCGCCGUGGGAGGAUGAACCUCCGGCUCAGCCAACGGUAAAGGCAACGUCAGACGGGUGGAUUACCUCUGUCACAGAGAAAACUGAGAUUCGACACGAGCCUGCUCCGGAGGAAGCCCAACCAACCCCUUCCAACCAGCCCGAACCGGAAUCGGAACGAGUAACUACAGCUUCGGCUUUCCCAGCACAACUUGGGCUGCAGCAAAAGGCUGAACCGUCGGUUGUACCUCCUGUAAAGCCUUCGACUCCUGUCAGCUACGCACGUUCUUUAAAUUCGCGUGCUGGUCACCGCCCAAAGGUGACAGACCAAGCUGUUGUCAUGCCUUCUUCAUUUGGCUCUUCGGUUGAGAAGUUAGGCAUGCAAUUUGGAAGUGUAAACCUGGGUGGGGAGGAUGUCGAACCUAAUGCGUUGGAGCCUCCUACUCCUGAGCCACCUGUUGCCGCUCCCGUUGCGUCUGAGCCUGCGCGCGAACCCCAGCCUCCAACAACACAUGCACCACCUCCGGAGCCUGCACCGGCUGCAAGCACUCAAACACCCCUUACCUCUACUCAAAGCCUUUUCCAACACACUCUUACCCAACACAGCCAGCCCCAGCAACCACAACCGCAGGUACAGGCACAGAUUCACUCAGCCUUACAGAGUGCACAGCAGACCCCUCCCUCAUUACUCCCUACUCAACCUUCUACUCAAUCCGUCAUCCCUUCUCAGACGUCGACCUCCACUGCCACUUCAACCCCACUCACCUCAUUCUCUGCUCAGCAGGCAACGCCUUCUUCGCAAUCAUCCGUUUCCCCUUAUCAGCAAAGUUCUGCUCAACAGCAGACUCAGGCUCCCCAACCCCAGGCACCUGCGACGCAGAAUCACUUGCAGCAACAGCAACAAUCCUCACUUCAUCAAUUUUCGCAUUUCCCUUCACAUCUUGAACAAGCUGCAAGUCAACCAUCACCACCCCAAGCGCCACAGCAACAGCAGACACAGCAGUCGGCACUUCACCAGGGUAUUGGCAGCCAUGGGUCAUAUUAUCGUCAGCCGGAGCAGAAUUUCCAUCAUGCACCAACCCCACCUGCGGGUCAGGCACAGGACACGCAGUAUGGUUCGUUUGCACCGCUUAGCCAACAGCUUGGUUACCAGACGCAAGCUUCGCAUUUAAGUGGAUUCAAUUCAGACCAUUUCGGGUACAAUGAUGGAGCAAGAGGAUUUUAUGAAUCGUAUGGUCCGCAGUCCGGCUUCAGUGGGCGGAAUGCGCUUGGUCAUGACGAUGUUGGGAAGUCUCUCCCAGGUAGUCAACAAUCCUCGCAAUCUGGUGCUGGUUUGCCCCAGUCUGCAGCACAGUCGACCCAGCAGCAGGCGUCUCAGCAGCCGCAGACUGGGACUCAGCCUCAGGGUCCUGCUGCAGGUCAACCUCAGCAAGGUUACCCAAUGCCGUUCUACUACAACAUGUACCAACCAGGCCAGUAUUACGGUACACCUUACGGCUCUGGUUAUGGGCUUGGUCAAUAUGCAAACAGAUAUCCUCAGCAGCAGCCUCCUUUGUUCCAACCUGCGAAUCCCACGUCUGCGUCUCCAGCGAAUGCGAAGGGUCCAAACUCGGUUCAGCCUCAGUCAAAUCCAUAUGCGCCGGGUCUAUAUGGACAGCAGCAGCACGCUUCAUCCGCAUACGAUGAUGGGUAUGGACACCAUAACCAACUAGGACCUCAGCACAACCAGGGACUUCCUACAAACGAAUAUGGCAAACAGCUAUACGGCGGACAAAGUAUUCAGAGUUUCAUGGGCCAGUCUUCAAGUCCUGCCGCACAACUAGGUCCAAGAGGUACUGGAAACAGUGCCUCCCCAGAAAACUCGUAUAAGCCAUAUGGUCCAGGCUCUGGAGUUAAUGCAAAGGAUGUUGGUGGUGCACCAGGUAUGGGUAGCUCCGGUAUCGCUGGAGGCCAAGGUGCACUAGGUCAAGGUGGACGCGGUGUGCAGCAGCCACAGCAUUCGCAGUUCUACGGUGCAAACCGCUUCUCCGCGAACCCAAACGCGGGUGGUCCCCCUGGCCAACAAAAUCAGCAGCAACAAACUCAAGGCUAUCCACAAGGAGCUGAUAGUUCUUUCUACUACCAGCGCCCGUCCCAAAAUGGUCCACAAUACUGGGGUUGAGCAAGGACUGAUGUGAAUUGACCCCAUCUCGCGAGUCUCUUCCCUUUUUGCAAUUUUAUUUCCUGUUUCAUAUGCGCAUACUUUUUCGUGAUAACAAGCCCUAGUCAACGUCUCCCAUUUUCUGAUACUUAUCGCCUGCUGAUUCGAGCUUGAGUAUAUGUGUCAUCCUAUUUCGUGCAUACUUUUCUUUCCCCCUUUUCUGACUCUUAUAUUCUCUUUUCUUCUCUUCUCUGUCCUUGUC